CCUACUUGAAGCCUCAUUCCGAUAAUAUUGUUACAAUAAGAUAUCACGAAUAUAUUUUUGCGCGCAGUUCCAAGUCACUAACAAUAAGUGUAUAAAUGACGAACACUUACUAAUUGAUACGUGCUUACCCGAGACAGUAAAAUGAAGCCGAUUACCGAGACGACAUUUUGGAUAGCGAGCUUUUUGUAUAUCGCCGCACCAAUAGAAACUGCAAGGAUCUUUGCAAUUAUUUCAACACCAUCUUAUAGUCACCAAAUCCCUUAUCGACCAUUAUGGACCGCUCUGACCCGAAAAGGACACGAAAUUGUUCUUUUAACGACAGACCCGAUCAAUGAUCCUAGUUUGACCAAUUUAACAGAAAUCAACUUGCAUUCUAACUACAAGAUGAUAAGAGAAAUGAAUUUCAUCGAACAAUUGCUACAAGAAGGGCCUCGAAUGUGGCUAAGUCAAACACGCACACAGAUAUGGAUUUUGUCUGGAAAAAUGUCAGAAAACAUUUAUAAGCAUCCGGAAGUACGUAAGAUGUACUUGGAUAGUAAUCAAAAAUUUGAUGUAGUAAUUACAGAAAUUUUUCUAUCACCUAGCCUUUAUGCAUUGGCCCAUAGAUUUAAUGCACCUCUUAUAGGUGUGUCGACAUUUGGAUUGCUUAAUAAUAAUUAUUAUCUACUCGGAGCACCUGUCCUGCCAUCACAUCCUUCGUCGUGGGAAAUGCAAGAUGAUACCGGUUUCAAUCUGUCAUUGUGGCAAAGAAUAAAGAAUUUUAUUCGUCAAUGGUAUCACAUAUAUUACGUAUUAAAUCACUUUUAUCCUGAACAGCAAGCGAUAGCAGAAAAAUAUCUCGGAAAAAAUAUACCAGACAUAAGUGAUAUGGAAAGAAAUAUAAGUCUUGUUUUUCACAAUCAACAAGAAGCUCUCUCGUUUGUUAGACCGACAACCUCUAAUGUUUUAGCAUUUGGCAAUUUCCAUAUCUCAAGAAAACCCGCGGAUUUACCAAAAAACUUGAAAGAACUUAUAGCAGAUGCACCGAAUGGAUUUAUCUAUAUGAGUUUAGGCACAAAUAUCAGAGCAUCGUCGUUGCCGGAGUAUAUACAAAGCGUAUUUCGAGAUGUAUUUGCAAGUUUGCCAUACAAAGUUCUAUGGAAACAUGACGGCGAAUUGCCAAAUAAACCUGACAAUAUCUAUAUCGCUAAAUGGUUUCCUCAACAGAGCAUUCUCGCUCAUCCAAACAUUAAAUUGUUCAUAUAUCAAGGUGGACUUCAAAGCACAGAAGAAGCUGUUCAUUAUGCAGUACCACUUUUAGGAUUACCAGUACUAGCCGAUCAGUAUGUCCAAGUUAACAAAAUGGUAUCUUUAGGAGUUGCAAAACGUUUAGAUUUUGCGGAUAUAUCAAAAGAAAAUCUGAACACAACCAUGACAGAUAUAUUGAGCGAUAAGAGCUAUAAGAAACGAAUGCUCGAAAUUAAAGCAUUAAAUGAAGAUAAACCUUAUGAUCUUUUGGAGCAUCUAAUUUGGUGGAUUGAAUUCGUCAUACGACAUAAAGGUGCUUCUCAUCUUCGUACCAAUAUCGGUCAUGAUCCUUGGUACCAGAAAUACGAAAUGGACGUUAUAGCAAUUUUAUCCAUUUCCAUAUUUGUAACGUUGCUUUGCACACUAGCAAUUAUUUAUAAAUUGUUAAAAAUAAUAUUUAAACCUACGAAAAUUUCAGUAAAUAUUAAGAAAAAAACUAAUUAAUUUUCGAUACACAGCAUUACUACAUUAACGGAAGAAUUAAAAUUUAAGAAAUGUAUAGAGCAUAAAACUUACAAAAAAAUGGUGACGCAAGCUAUUGAAGAAUAUAAAGUUAGUAUAAUAUUUUUCUCUAAAGCGAAAUGAUUAAUAUGAAACACAGAAAAUAAUUCUUAUUACAGUAUGAUCUCUUAUUAUUGAUUAUAUCAGUUUCUAGAUUUAAAAAAAUUGUAAAACACAUUAUAUGCAAUAGUAUAUAAUUUAGUUCUCUGGUAAAACAAUUUGCCCAAGUUUCUGAAAAAUAAAAUUUUUGAAAAACUAAUAUUUUGAAACAUUGUGUAUACCAUACAUAUAGUAUCCUAAAUAUUUUAUUAAAAAUUAUGAUUCAAAACGACACUGAAUAAAAAAAGUCAAUGCCAAUUUUCAUAAAACGAAAAGUAACACUGUCAUCCCAUAGUUCCUUUUUUAAUGUAUUGAGAACUAAAGUAAAACUUUAGAUAAGAAAAUCAAAAUUCUACCAAUCACCUAUAUUCAAAAUAGCCUACAAAUUUCAUGUAUAUAUAUUUACAAAAAUAGGGAAAAUCUGUAAUAAAUUAUUACUCAUCAACGAUGGUUCACCACAUGAAUAACGUUACGAUAAUUGCCGCAAUCGGAUCGCGCAGUUUUAAAUUUAUAUCGCUGUCAUCAAUAAUUGUUCGUUGAAACGUAAUUCAUGCCUGCUAAAUAAUUACAUUGUCGUAGUGGAAAGUCUCUGCCUGUCUGAUUUUCGUGUAAUAAUGCAUAGGACAGUUAUAAUGGAAGCGAUGUAAAUGCAUAAUUAAAGAUAGCGGAUUGUAAUAAAUUUUUAAAUGGAAUAUGUUUUGUGUACAAAGGGCUAUUAUACAUUGGUUUCACUCAAUACAAAUAAUACAUAAAAUAGAUUGUUCUCUUUCUCUUCUCCUGGGAUUAAAAUGGGAUUUAAAAAUUACGUUACACAAAUAUGUACAAAAUCCAAUAAUAUUUCUUCACCACAACAAUUUUGUUUCGUUAUGAUUUACUAGGACACAGUUCACUAUCUGUAGACAUUUAGCAGACAUUUAGUGCUUUAUAUAAUAGUACGUUAUAAUAUAUAAAUUGUAUAAAUUGAAUAAUUGCAUUUUCCAUACAAUAAAUUCAGAUCAUUCAUAAAUAAAAAUUGUAUAUUUAUAUUAAUUAUAAAUAAUAUCAUUUAUAAGUGUAAAUAAUUAUAAAUAACAAAUUUGAAAUAUUAUUUUGUAUAUAUUUACCCUUGUUAUCUAUAUCACCCGUAUUUCUAUGUAUGUAUUAAAUAUUUGUAGUUUUAUACGUCAGCGUAAUAAACAGUUUGUGUAAA